GAAAGAAAAAAAGUAGCGAAAGAGAGAAAAAAAAAAAAAAGGAAAAAAAAAAGGAAAAAAAAAAGAAAAAAGGAAGGAAAGAAAAAGGAAGCAAAAAAGAGGAAGGAAAGGAAAAAGAAAGAAAAAGAAAAGAAAAAGAAGCAAAAAA